UCUCCCUUUCUCCCUCUCAGAAUUCCCCACCUACCUGUCUGAACAGGGAGCAGUAGAGCGCUGUGGGACAGAGGGGAGAAAGAAAGAGAGAGAGAGGAGGAGAGUAGUAGGAACAAAGACAUAGUGAGGGAGAACAGGAAAGUGGUGUGUGUAUUGAGAAGAGAGUGGACUGACGGAGAGGUAGAGAGUAGCGGGGUGCAUAAGAGAAGCGUUGUGAGGAGGUUGCUCUGUUUUUGUCCUUUGGAAAACCUUUUCCCUGUUGGUGUCGUGCUGGCUUGUUAUGGAUGCUAUCAUGCUGCAGGAGAAACUAGUGGAGCGCUUGCUGUGCCCUCGAGUCAGAACCGCGAGGCGGAAGGAGAAGCAGUAUGUGGGCUUUGCCACCCUCCCUAACCAGGUGCACAGGAAGUCAGUGAAAAAGGGUUUUGACUUCACUCUCAUGGUCGCCGGGGAGUCUGGUAUGGGUAAAUCUACUCUUGUCAACAGCCUGUUCCUCACAGACCUGUACAAGGACAGGAAACUACUCAACGCUGAGGAGCGUAUCAACCAGACAGUAGAGAUCAUUAAGCAUACAGUGGACAUUGAGGAGAAAGGAGUGAAGCUCAAGUUGACCAUUGUAGACACGCCAGGCUUUGGAGACGCUGUCAACAACAAUGAAUGCUGGAAGCCGAUCACAGACUACAUCGACCAGCAGUUUGAGCAGUACUUCAGAGAUGAGAGUGGACUGAACAGGAAGAAUAUACAGGACAACAGAGUCCACUGCUGCCUCUACUUUAUUCCUGCGUUCGGACACGGACUGCGUCCAGUAGAUGUUGAGUUUAUGAAGGCUCUCCAUGAGAAGGUGAACGUGGUUCCUCUCAUUGCCAAGGCUGACUGUCUCACUCCCAAUGAGAUCAAGAAACUCAAAGACAGGGUCCGUGAGGAAAUUGAGAGGUUUGGCAUUAAGGUGUACCAGUUUCCAGAGUGUGACUCUGAUGAGGACGAGGAGUUCAAACAACUGGACAAAGAACUGAAGGAGUGCUGUCCGUUAGCAGUGAUUGGCAGUAACACAGUGGUUGAGGCCAGGGGCCAGAGAGUGAGAGGGAGACUCUAUCCAUGGGGUAUUGUGGAAGUGGAGAACCAGUCUCACUGUGACUUUGUGAAGCUGAGGAACAUGUUGAUUCGCUCUCACAUGCAUGACCUCAAAGAUGUGACAUGUGAUGUGCACUAUGAGAACUACAGAGCCCAGUGUAUACAGGACAUGACCAGUAAACUGACGCAGGACAACCGCAUGGAAAGCCCGAUCCCCAUCCUGCCCCUAUCCACCCCAGAUGUGGAGACAGACAGACUCAUCAAGAUGAAAGAUGAAGAGUUGGCGAGGAUGCAAGAGAUGCUAAAUAAGAUGCAGCAGCAGAUCCAUGAUGGGAAGGACCAGUGAGCUACAGCCCCAUCUGCUUGCAACUGAACUACAACCACAACUUCAGACAUGUUACUUACAUACCAACUAUAAUGUAAUCAGGGGUGAAAGUAUAUUUAAUGAGGACCUCCUAUGAGUGCACGUGCACGCCAUUUUGUUAUGGGCCUAAUAAUAUAAUUAGUUAUAGAAUCCCUAUUAAAAUAAUAGGAUCUCUGUGACCUAAUAGUAAAGAUUACUGUUGACUUUAAAAUGUAUUGGCCUACCUAUUAAUGUAUCAUAAACACAACCAGUCAUAAUGUUUUCAUCUGAUUGUCAAACAAUUACUCCAAAAGGCUACUAUAGGCUUCCCGCGCACAUUAUUCGACUCUAAAAUAAUUCCCGCAUUCGUGCACUGUGCACCUGCCAUUUGAUAAAUGCUAAGAGACAUCAGUUGCAAAACACCAAAACGUUUAGUGAAUGACAUUCUGUGAUGCUUAUUCACUAGACCUACAAAAGUCUUGUAACCUGAAUUGAUGCGUCCUCUACUGUCCACGCCCGUCUCGGCCACUUAUCUCUGCCUUGGCCAAAUGUAUGUGUUAUUGUCGAACCACGCUGCAUUUUCGAGCGUAACCCAAUCGUUUUUGUCUGUUUGCUCAUUCUUCAUGCGGUAAUGAUAAGUAAUAGUAUAUAAGCCUACAGUUGGAAUCACUAUGUUUUAAUCAUUGUGACAGGCUCAUGCUUUACCGGUACAGUGUACCCCCACUGUACUCCGUACAGGACCUGCUUACUUUCACCCCUGGAUAUAAUCAGCACUGUGUUGGGGGAAAACAGUAGCUGCAUGUUCAUUGGUCAUCUGUUUUUUGGUGCUUGCAUAUUUGGUCUGUCCUGCAAUGAGAAAUGUGGUGUUUUUACUGUAUCUUGAGUCCAUUUGAACCCCAUUUAAUAUUAUUGACGGUCCUAGUAACAUAUGACAUAACAUAAACAUGUAAUAUAAAUGAUCUGUUAAAUGUAUCCAAUUUAUAAAUAUGGUGAAUACUUUUGGGAUAUUCUGUCAGGUGAUGAAGACGCAUUAUAAAAUGUUUUGUAAAACAGCGAUAUUACUGAUGUUAAAGUUUGAAUCCUUGUUGACGUUGAACGCGUGUGUGUGUGUGUGUGUGUGUGUGUGUGUGUGUGUGUGUGUGUGUGUGUGUGUGUGUGUGUGUGUGUGUGUGUGUGUGUGUGUGUGUGUGUGUGUGUGUGUGUGUGUGUGUGUGUGUGUGUGUGUGUGUGUGUGUGUGUGUGUGUUUCCAUAUGUAUCACCCUCUAUUACGAGAACCUUGUUCUGCUUUGAAACUGUGAGAAUCCGCUUCCCCUUUCUCAGUGGCAUUUCUUGUAUGUUCUAGCUACAGACUAAUGAACAAUAGGCUACCUAAGAAUCUGAACAUAAAUGUAACGUAUUAACUUUUUACUGCUGGUCUCUACUUCAACUUGUUGAGAAGACCUUUCUCAUGUUUUGGUGCUUGUGAAUUAGAUUGAAAAUGUCUCUAGCGCCAGUUGCUUACCUUACAGUGAAUUGAGCCCCUCUGACAUACAGUACAUAGCAAAUGAAAGGGUAGGGACAGAACAGUAAGGGGUGCAUGUGCAAGCAUGCCGAAGUUACUCAAAUCUGCUUACAGCUGGAUUUCCACUCUCUCAUAUGAUGCAAUGUGUUUGUUCUGAAAUGCAUUAUGACCUAUGCCACAGUACCACUAUGGGAUGGUAAAAAGAGGCCAAAUUUUAAGAGGAGCUACUGUGUGUGUGUGUGUGUGUGUGUGUGUGUGUGUGUGUGUGUGUGUGUGUGUGUGUGUGUGUGUGUGUGUGUGUGUGUGUGUGUGUGUGUGUGUGUGUGUGUGUGUGUGUGUGUGUGUGUGUGUGUGUGUGUGUGUGUGUGUGUGUGCGUGCGUGCGUGCGUGUGUGUGUGUGUGAAGUUUAUGCUGCCCUCUGGCUGUGUCAUACAGGAUGGUGAUUGUGGCUUUUUAUCGUGCUAGCGCUCAGAGGACGUGGUGGAACUACUGACCAGGUUAUGAGGACGAAUAAACAGUCUUGAUUCAUAUCAGUGUUUCUUCAUUAUGUCUUCAUCUGAAAAAAAUUAUAUAAAUACACUAUUGUUUCAAGUACGAUCUUACUGACACUAAUAUUUCUACAAGGAAGGUCUUGACUGGUUCUCAAAUGACGCCCUAUCCCUUAUAAUAUAUUGCGUUACUUUUGACCAGAGCCUUAGGGCAGUAAGA